AUGGCGUCUGACAAGGUUACAGACAACUAUGUGCAGCCGGCCAUACCAUGCUUUGAUGGUCAUUAUGAUCAUUGGAGCAUGUUGAUGGAGAAUUUCCUGAGGUCUAAAGAAUACUGGACUCUCGUGGAAACCGGUAUAGUAGAGCCAGAAAGUGGAGUGGUGUUGACGGAGCUACAACAAAAGAAAUUGGAUGAAUCUAAGCUGAAAGAUUUGAAGGCGAAAAAUUACUUAUUCCAAGCUAUUGAUUGUUCCAUUUUGGAGACCAUUCUCCAAAAAGAUACUUCCAAGCAAAUUUGGGAUUCCAUGAAGAAGAAGUACCAGGGCUCAACAAAGGUGAAGCGCUCAAUGCUGCAAGCACUGAGGAAAGAUUUUGAGACUCUUCAGAUGAAGCAAGGAGAGUCUGUUAAUGAUUAUUUUUCAAAAGCAAUGGCAAUUGCAAACAAAAUGAGUAUCCAUGGCGAGAAGAUGGAAGACGUGACCAUUGUAGAAAAGAUCCUGCGAUCUAUGACUACAAAGUUUGAUUACGUUGUGUGCUCCAUUGAGGAGUCAAAUGACGUUGAGAAGCUUUCAAUCGACCAGCUUGAUUCUCCGGCAGCAAGAGGUCGUGGUGGUCGUGGACGAGGACGUGGUAAAGGCGGCAGCCAUGGAAGAGGUCGAGGUAGCAGAGAUGGGAACAAAUCCAAUGAUGAUUCCGGCAGCAAAGACACUCAUGAUUCCAGCAGUAGCAGCAGAGGCUAUUAUAAUUCUGGAGGCAACAGUAGCAGAGGCCGAAGGCAUUCAAGCAAUCAUGAUUCGAAUGUCGACAAAUCAAAUGUCGAGUGUUUCAGGUGUGGCAAUUAUGGUCAUUACAGAUCUGAAUGUUACACAAAUAUGAAUAAAGCAAAAGGUGCAAGGGCGAAUUUUGCAGAAAAAGAGAAAGAAGAUGAUGGGGCUAUUCUAAUGGUGUGUCAAACCAUGGAAAAACCACAAAAGAAUGUGUGUGUUUUCUUUGUUCCGAGUUUGAAGAGCAAUUUGCUGAGCUUGGGACAACUGCAUGAAAAAGGAUAUGAGAUCAAGAUUACAAGAGGAGCUUGUCAAAUUCAUGACCAAAAGAGGGGCUUAAUUGCUAAGGCUUACAUGACGACAAAUCGAAUGUUUCCAUUACAUAUUCAAAGUGAUGGUCCUACAUGUUACUCUGCCAAGGUCAAUGAUCCAGCGUGGCUGUGGCAUUUACGCUAUGGUCAUUUGAAUUUUAGAAGUUUGAAGACGCUACAUGAUAAGGAGAUGGUGACUGACCUUCCUCAGAUAACAUGUCCAACUGAAGUUUGUGAAGAGAAAUCAGAAGCCUUAAAUGCAUUCAAACACUUUAAGGCAGCUGUUGAGAAGACGAUCAAGGUUCUUCGAACUAAUCGUGGUGGAGAAUACAAUUCAAAAGCCUUUGAAAAUUUCUUUACUAUACAUGGGGUUCGCCGACAACUUACGGCAGCUUAUACACCACAGCAGAACGGUGUGGCGGAGAGGAAGAAUCAUACCAUUUUAAAUAUGGUACGCAGUAUGCAGACAAAGAGUUGCAUUCCAAAGAGUUUCUGGCCGGAAGCUGUAAACUGGGGCAUUCACAUACUGAACAGAAGUCCAACUUUUGAUGUUCGUGAUUUGACACCUGAAGAGGCAUGGAGCGGCCGUAAACCAGCAGUUGGUUACUUCAAAGUUUUUGGCUGCAUUGCAUAUGCACGUAUUCCAGACGAGAAAAUGAAGAAGCUUGAUGACAAAGGUGAAAAAUGUGUCUUUCUUGGCACAAGUGAAGUUUCCAAGGGGUAUAAGUUAUUCAAUCCCUUGUCCAAAAAGAUUAUUAUUAGCCGAGAUGUUGUAUUUGAUGAAGAGAAGACAUGGAAUUGGAGUGAUGAUGUUUCUCUGCAGCAACAAAACAUGCUAGUCAAUUUUGAUGACAACGUGGAACAACAACAUCCGCAACAAUGCAUUCCGGCACCAACUUCGUCAGUUGUUCCAGCACCAACUUCUUUAGUUGUUCCAGCACCAGUUGUUCCACCAAUUGGAGUCCAUGGAAGUGAAGGAAGUGAUGAUGAUCCACUUGUUCACUUUGCUUUGUUUGCAGAUUAUGAUCCUGUGUUAUUUUUUGAUGCUACAAAGUUGAAUGAGAAGGGUGAGAUUCAUAAGCACAAAGCACGCUUGGUGGCGAAAGGUUACAAGCAAGAGUACGGCGUUGACUACACAGAAGUCUUUGCGCCAGUGGCAAGGCAUGACACAAUCCGAUUGGUUUAUGUUGAGCAGCCAGCAAGCUAUGUUCAGCUAGGGAAGGAAAAACAAGUUUACAGGCUUAAAAAAGCUUUAUAUGGGCUAAAGCAAGCUCCCAGAGCCUGGUACAGCCGCAUAGAGAAAUCCAUGAUGCAUGAGUUUGAUAUGUCUGAUCUUGGAUUGAUGCACUAUUUUCUUGGUCUAGAAGUAGUACAAUCUAGUGCCGGAAUAUUUAUUUCACAGAAGAAAUAUGUUCAAGAGAUCUUAGACAGGUUUGAGAUGAAGGAUUGCAAUUCAGUUUCUACGCCAACUGAAAUUGGCUUGAAACUAGUGAAUAAUUCUGGGGAGAAGAAGGUUGAUCAAACUCUCUACAAACAGAUUGUAGGAAGUCUGAUGUAUCUGACAGCAACUAGACCAGACAUACAACACGCAAAAGAAGCUAAAUCAGGUUCGUUUGGCUUCAUUGAUAGUGACUAUGCAGGAGACCCAGAUGAUAGGAGAAGCACCUCAGGUUAUGCAUUUAUAAUGGGAGCAGGAGCUAUUUGA